ACUCAGCCGUCGCUAGUCUGGUUCAAAGCUUCUAUUUCACAGAGACUGAAAGCCUCCUCCUGUUGAGACUCUCCCAGCUCCUGUAGUGGGGCAAAAAAUCAUCACGGGGACGCUUGAUGAGCCGGCUCUGGUACCAGUCCACCCUGACUUCGACCCCGGCCAGGAUGCCGAUUCUACUAGCUCCUUCCCGGUCUCCCCGUCUCCUCCUCCCACUGGAGCCGACCUCCUUUCCAGACCGAUACAUCCUCGAAGGAUUUUCCCUGGUGACCGGCCCUUCCUUUGAGGUGGAGCCUGCCAUUUGUGGAUCCGGGGACCCUCCAGAGUCAAAAAUGGAAGAGAAAGGAGAUGAGGACGGCGGAUCCCUUGACUCCCUCCCCCGCCCCUGAAUCUCCUCCUUGGAAAUCCAGAAUGUUGCCAAAGACGUGGGCAGAUGGGCUUUUGUGACUCAAUUAGCAGCCUUUACAACCCAUGGGGUUCUCUCUGAACCUCCCCAACCUGGCGAGGGGCGCGCUAUGUCUCCUCUUCAUUAGGAGGAGGAAUCAUGUUUGAAGAAAGCGGCUGGACUGGUUACCGGGUUGGGGAAAAUAAUUGAACGCUCCUUGAAAAAAAAUAAAACCUCUUCUCUUCAAAACCCAGGUUAGCGAUGAAUGUGUCUGGGUGUGGGCCUCCUUUCUAAUUAGCUGUCCAACAGGGUCUCUGAUGACACCGCUGAAUGAGGUGCUCCUCCUCCCCUUCUCCUCCUCCUGGUCGUCGUCGUCCUCCUCCUCCGCCUACUUCUCCUCCUCCUUCUCUUCCUCCUCCCCCACCAAGCUUCAGGUGUGUCCUCCCGGCGUCUCUGCUCCUGACUCCAUUCUCAGCCGAGACAGCUGCCUGGCCCGGUCCGCUUCCCCGCUGACCGAGAGUCUCCCUCCCCCGAGAGAGCCAGGAUGGAAACCGGAGAGGCCACGAGGGUCAACGGGGCCGGGACGGAGGCCCGAGAUGCCCGGAGCCCCCCAGGCCCCAACGGGGGUCUGGAGAAUGGCAGCCAGGCGGAUCUCAAGGGGGCCCAGGCCUCCAACGGGGUGGGAGGGGAGGCGGCUGAUGUCCAAGGUCCCGGCAGCCCAAUGAAGCAGGGUGAGGGGAAGAGCUCGCUCUUCUUGGGGAACGAGUGGAGGAGGCCCAUCAUCCAGUUCGUGGAGUCCGUGGACGAUAAGACCUCCAACUACUUCAGCGUCGAGUCCGCGGAGGCCAAGAGGAGCCCGUAUGCCGGGCUCCAGCUGGGUGGGUCCAAGAAGCCCCCCGUGACCUUCACCGACAAGGGGAGCCUCCGCAAGCCCCUCUUCUCUGAGACCAAGGAGGGCCGGAAGCCCACGGUGUCCAUCGUGGAGCCCAGCGGGGAGGGGCGACGGAAUAGCUUCCCCAGGGCCGAAGCGGGGCCCCUCUCCCGCUCCAAGGCCAGCCAGGAGGAGAUCCUGUGCGACUCCUGCAUCAGCAACAAGCAGAAGGCGGUCAAGUCCUGCCUGGUGUGCCAGGCUUCCUUCUGCGAGGUCCACCUCAAGCCCCACCUGGAGGGCGCAGCCUUCCGUGACCACCAGCUGCUGGACCCCAUCAGGGACUUCGAGGCGCGGAAAUGCCCCGUGCACGGCAAGACCAUGGAGCUCUUCUGCCAGACGGACCAGACAUGUAUCUGCUACCUGUGUAUGUUCCAGGAGCACAAGAACCACGGCACUGUCACCGUGGAAGAGGCCAAGGCUGAGAAAGAGACUGAGCUGGCCCUGCAAAAGGAGCAGCUGCAGCUGAAGAUCAUCGAGAUAGAGGAUGAAGCAGAGAAGUGGCAGAAGGAAAAAGACCGCAUCAAGAGCUUCACCACCAACGAGAAAGCCAUCCUGGACCAGAACUUCCGCGACCUGGUGCGGGACCUGGAGAAGCAGCGGGAUGAGGUGAGGCAGGCCCUGGAGCAGCGGGAGCAGGACGCCGUGGACCAGGUCAAGAUCAUCGUCGAUGCUCUGGACGAGCGGGCCAAGCUGUUACACGAGGACAAGCUGACCCGAGAACAACUACAAAGCAUCAGCGACUCGGUGCUUUUCCUGCAGGAAUUUGGGACACUGAUGAGCAAUUACUCCCUCCCCCCAUCUCUGCCCACUUAUAACGUCUUGCUGGAAGGGGAAGGUCUGGGCCAGGCCCUAGGCAACUUCAAGGAUGACCUGCUCAACGUCUGUAUGAGGCAUGUGGAGAAGAUGUGCAAGGCCGACCUGAGCCGCAACUUCAUCGAGAGGAACCACAUGGAGAACGGAGAUCACCGCUACCUGAACAACUACACAGCGGAGUGGAGCCAGCCUGAGAGCAUGAAGCGCUAUUCCAUGUACCUCACCCCAAAAGGUGGCCGAACCUCGUACCAGCCGUCUUCUCCCAGCCGCCUCUCCAAGGAGACCAACCAGAAGAAUUUCAACAAUCUCUAUGGCACCAAAGGGAACUACACCUCCCGUGUGUGGGAAUAUUCCUCCUCCAUGCAGACCUCCGAUGACUUACCUACGGUCCAAGGCAACUCUUCCUUCUCCCUGAAAGCAGGCGGAGGCGGUGGUGGCAAAGUCCCGUAUCAGUUCGGCACUCUGGGGCAGGCCGCCUCCGAAUUUGCCAAACCACUGGACCCCGGCCUGUUUAACAGUAAUGCCGGAUACCCAUCCAUCAUUAGAAGCCAAAGCCCUAAGGCACCGCCCCAGACCUGGAAAUCCAACAAGCAGACCCUGCUGUCUCACUACCGCCCGUUCUACGUCAACAAGGGCACCGGCGUUGGCUCCCACGAGGCCCCCUGAGCCCAGCCCGGCCACUGGAAGCCCCGGAAGCCCCAACCCCUUUUCCAGCUGU